AUGCUGUCUAGCCUCCAAGCCUUGCAGCAGGUCGGCUUUAUCAGCGACGCAGACAUUGGCGUACGARAUGUAGAGAACGGUGAAGACGAUGCGUACUCCAUCGGCAAAGUGGCCUCGACUGUCAGGAACUUCAAUUUCUACACGCAACAGGCCAUCGACACAAUGGCGAACAGCAAAGCCCCGACUCCCUCAUGCGAGAAGGCAAUCAUAGUAUACCAGAAGACCGGAAAGGCUAUAUCAUCCCAAGCAACUGCUCUGACAAAAAUUGCUUGCGCUCCCACCCUUCCGGACAACGUACGAUCGGAGAUUGCUAGCGGCGCUGAAAAGGCGCCGAGACUUUAUGCUCGAGUCGGUACUUUGCUCGCUGAGCAUUGCCCAGCUCGGGUAAGUGCUAUUACUGCUGGUGGUCUCUAUGUGGAGCAAGCGUUCGCGCCAAUCGCGGAGGCGUUCUCGGAAUCUUGUGAUCGUAUAGGUAUUCUCGGAAUCUUGUGA